GGGAAAUUUUGAUGCCGACUGUGGCGACUCGCAUUUGGAAUAGAUUUAACUAUUUAAUUGUUUAAACCAGCGAAAGACAAAUAACUAAUAACAAAAUGGCAGAUAAAGCACAAGAGCAAAGUAUUAUGGACAAAUCCAUGAGGUCCGUGUUCGUGGGAAACAUACCCUACGAAGCCACUGAGGAGAAGCUUAAGGAAAUUUUCAGUGAAGUCGGCCCGGUUCUAUCGCUAAAACUCGUGUUUGAUCGCGAGAGCGGCAAACCCAAGGGCUUUGGAUUCUGUGAAUAUAAGGAUCAGGAGACUGCGCUGAGUGCUAUGCGCAAUCUCAAUGGCUAUGAAAUUGGCGGGCGAACUCUGCGUGUCGACAAUGCAUGUACAGAGAAAUCGCGCAUGGAGAUGCAACAGUUGCUCCAGGGGCCGCAGGUGGAGAAUCCGUAUGGCGAACCCUGCGACCCGGAUGAUGCUCCCGAGCUAAUUACCAAAACAGUUGCGUCCCUGCCGCCGGAGCAGAUGUAUGAGCUUAUGAAGCAAAUGAAACUGUGCAUUGUGAGCAAUCCGUCAGAGGCUCGGCAAAUGCUCAUGCUGAACCCGCAAUUGGCCUAUGCGCUGCUGCAAGCCAUGGUGGUAAUGCGAAUCGUUGAUCCGCAGCAGGCGCUAGGCAUGCUAUUUAAGGCCAACCAAAUGCCGCCUGUUUUGGGUGGUAAUCCGCAUGCCAAUUCUGUAGCCAUGCCCAUGGGGUCAGCGCCGCAGCAGCAGCAGCAACCCCCGCCUCAACAGCAGCCUCCCACACAGUCGGCUGUUGGGGGCGCUGGACCGAUGCAGCCCAUGCCCGUGCCCGGGCCUAACUUUAAUAAUAUGCAUUCGAAUGACAUUGAUUUGCGCAUGGUGCCCGGUGGGCCGGUCAACAUGGAUCCGCGUAUGAUUGCGCGCAAUAUGGACCAGGACAUGCGACAGGUGCCUGGUCCUUUGCCCAAUCCAGUGCCACCGCCACUUAUGGAUCCACGCACUCGUGCCCAAAUGCAACCACAGCCACAACAGGGACCGCCUGCCGCACCCAUUCCAUACCCAAGCGAUCCGCGACAACGUCCAAUGGAUCCGCGUCUCCGUGGCGCCAUGCCGCCCGUUCCAGUUCAGCAGCAGCAGCCGCCUCCACAGGUGCAGCCUGUGACGCAGCAGCAGCAGUCGGCGGCACUGCAGCUGCAAAGUCGUCUGGGCGCACACGGCGUUUUGCCGUCGGAUGCGUCUGACCAGGAGAAGGCCGCCUUGAUUAUGCAGGUGCUGCAACUAUCUGACGAUCAAAUUGCCCAGCUGCCACCUGAGCAACGUGCCAGCAUUCUGGUGCUCAAGGAGCAGAUAGCAAAGACCAGAACUGCACGCUAAAUAAAUAAAUCUCGAGUUUAAAUCUAUAAUAUUUGAAUUGGAAACUUAUAAUUAAAGAUUAAUAAAGAGGAUUCAAAUGCAGCU